AUGCAGACAGGUCGUUUAUGGUGGAACACAGCACGGCGAUUCAUGUCGAAUGCAGCUCGCAAGAAUGACCAUGGAGGCAAUAGCUUGAAUCAACAAGUGCUUGAUGAGUACAUGGUGCCUGGUCAAUAUCUACGCUACUUUAAAAAGACUCGUCAAAAGAAGCGAUCGUUGGAGUCCUCACCCACAGCCACGCUCGACAAAGUCUACAAACAAAGUGCAAGGUCUAUGCAUGAAAAUGAUUCAGCUCCAACGACUACACAGCAGCAUUUUGCACAACGUAUUCAUCGUGGUAUCAACAACAUGUAUUCCUAUGAAUCACUUCCUCGAUGGUUGACGCCUUCCAAUGUAGGAAUUCAAGCGGUCAAAGUCGGCCGAAAUCUUCGCAAAUGUCAAAUCUUUUAUGAAGCAAAAGGAUCCUCCAAGGAAGAAAGGGGACAUGCGACCUAUGACCAUCAAGUUUGUUGCUGA